CCUUACAACGAGGCCAGGUACAAAUACAUACAACAUGUUAUGGGAGGCCCCUACUGAAGGUAUUACUCUCAGCAGUGGUAAUACUUUGUUCGUAGCGGGUUGUGACUUUGACGUCACCCUGUUCGAGUAUGGUACGGGAGACAUCGUUGGUUUUUGUAUGAGUAGAUGCGCUGGCAAGAAGGCACCAACUGGAGGCCCUUGUAACGGAAUAGGCUGCUGCCUCAUCCUGUUACAGAGGGACCUGGCAGGCUUUCGGGCAGAACUUGUCAGCACUAAUACUACUGCAACGCGAUCAGAUUGGUUGCACCCUGGCAUUAUGGCUUUCGUGACAUAUAAUGAUUAUUAUUACAGAAGUAAUACAACCACCGUUUUCUCAACUUGGACAAAUGCAAGUGAUAUUUUUGUUGAUGGCGCGCUGCUUAGUGUUCCAAUCGUGGACCAACCAAGCUGUCAAAGUGCACAAAAGAAAAACGCAAGCUAUGCCUGUAGCAACGGUAGCAGUUGCCAAGAUUCCUCGGCUGGUGGCUACCAGUGUUACUGCUCUUCUAAUGCACGAGGAAACCCGUACAUUUUAGGUGGAUGCGGGGAACCAGAUUAUAACCCCAAGCCCAAAGGACACUGUCCCGCAUCAUGUGGAAGCAUUAUUGUUCCCUUCCCCUUUGGGCUCCAAAAAGGGUGUUCUGCAAACGACAGAUUUCUUCUGAAUUGUAUAUCUGGUAAUCUCACCCUUUUUGCCUUAGGAGAUGCGCAAUAUGUGACUAAUGUAUCAGUGGAAGAUGGGACUCUGACUGUUAGCAACGUGGUGAGCGGAAAUAACGCAACAGAGGACACUGUUAAAAAGUGGGCCGUUGCCAAUUUAACUUGUCAACAAGCUAAGCUGCAGAAGGAGACUACGUAUGCAUGCCGCAGUUCCCACAGCGAUUGCCUAAACGUCACCCACGGGGAAAUAUUUAUAGGAUAUCGUUGCAAGUGUUCGUCAGGCUUUCAAGGAAAUCCAUACGUCCAGGAUGACUGCACGGAUAUCGAUGAAUGCGCACUACCAAUUUCCUGCAACGGGAGAUGUCAAAACUUUCCAGGAGGCUACACAUGCACAGCAAAGCACAAUCUUCUUUUGGGUAUCGCAACGGGAACUGCAUGUGGCCUUGCAUCCAUAAUUAUUGCGGUCUGUGUAACUGUAUUCGCCAACAAGUGGAAGAAAGGCAUCCAGAAGAGAAUCCGACGAGCACACUUCAAAAAAAAUCAAGGCUUACUCUUGGAGCAGCUGAUCUCAGAUGAAAGCACCACAAACAAAACAAAGAUAUUCUCCUUGCAGGAGCUAGAGAAGGCAACCAACAACUUCGAUGCUACUCGUGUUCUCGGUCGUGGAGGACACGGUACAGUUUAUAAAGGGAUUCUAUCUGACCAACGGGUGGUGGCUAUUAAAAAAUCCAGAAUUGUGGAGCAAAUCGAGAUAGACCAGUUUAUCAACGAGGUUGCUAUCUUGUCUCAAAUCAUUCAUCGCAAUGUGGUAAAGCUAUUUGGUUGUUGCCUAGAAUCUGAGGUUCCUUUGCUGGUGUACGAGUUCAUAUCCAAUGGUACACUGCAUGAUCUUCUUCACACUGACGUUAGCGUUAACUGCACGUUGUCAUGGGAUGAUCGCAUUAGGAUUGCUGUAGAAGCAGCAGGGGCACUGGCUUAUCUGCACUCAGCUGCUGCAAUCCCAAUUUUCCAUAGAGAUGUGAAAUCUUCUAACAUACUAUUGGAUGGCAGCUUCACUACAAAGAUUUCCGACUUUGGUGCUUCAAGGUCUGUUUCACUCGAUGAAACUCAUGUGGUGACUAUUGUCCAAGGUACAUUUGGUUACCUGGAUCCAGAGUAUUACCAUACCGGGACGCUAACUGAUAAGAGUGAUGUGUAUAGUUUUGGGGUAAUACUUGUGGAACUUUUGACAAGAAAAAAGCCAAUAUUUAUCAAUGAACUAGGUGGAAAACAAAACUUGUCCCAUUAUUUCGUGGAAGGAUUGCAAGAGGGAGCUGCCAUGGAAAUAAUGGAUCAUCAGGUUGUCAAGGAGGCAAACGCAGAAGAGAUUGAUGAUAUUUGCUCACUUACAGAAGCAUGCUUGAGACUCAGAGGAAGGGACAGACCUUCUAUGAGAGAAGUGGAUAUGAGGUUGCAAUUCUUGAGAAGUAAGAGACUAAGAAAAUGCAAAAAAAUCCCAGCUAGUGAUGAAGAGAUUGGUAAUUCCGAUGCACCGAUGAAUGUCGUCAAUCCUGGCAAUUUAACAUCUAGAGGCAUCUCUUGCUACAGUCUAGAGCAAGAACUUUCAUCCUCACUGAUCACUUUGCCACGAUAA